AUGGCGGGCUCUUCCGCCGCCGUUCGCGCGGCUCGGCCGCUAAUUCCGUCCCCUGCAAGGUUGUCAACAUCUUUAUUAUCACCCGCCGCGCUCGUGGCACCGUUUGUAGUGCCAUCUUCCCCUGUAGCUCUCUCGCCACCCUCAAUAUUAUCUCCUGGUGCACAGCGGCGCAGUGAUUAUAGAGAGGAUCUUUCCGCACUGCGAAGCUCGCUAUUCCUCGUUGCCACGUCAGCUCGCUCAUCCGCCGACUCGUCCCGUGCUUCCCGGGUUUUUACUACCAGUGCCACUUGUCCUGCACCUUCAGUUACCACAUCACCUAGCUCUUUCGCCGCAUCUGGUUCCGCCGAUACUUUCCCUGCCACGUUACAGCGGAGGAGGUGUUACUCCGUGGAGGCAUCUUCGGUGGUGCGUCCACGUGGCGGUGCCCAAUUGGUGCAGGUGGAUCAUCUCACAGGGGACGACGAGG